AUGGUAUUGUAUAAUAAUAUAAAUAAUAGUGAUGCUGUCCAGCAAUGGAAUAAUUUACCAAAUGUUGUUUUAAUUGAAAUAUUUACAUUAUUAUCAGAUAGUGAUUUAUUAAAUACAUCAUCGACAUGCAUCAAUUGGCGUCGAAUAUUUUAUCAUCCAAAAUUAUGGUCAAAACAACGUUUACAGUUGAAAUUAAUUGAUCGUACAUAUAAUCUAUCAGCCUAUCGUUAUAAAAUGCAAAAUUUUUUAUUAUAUUCACAAUUAGUUGAAUUACGUUUUGAUCCAACACAAAUUUUGAUAUUAAAAGAAAUACUUCAAGCAUUUGAAAUAUUAGCAUGUAAUAGACAAUUAAAAUCACUGAUAUUAAGACCGAUAACAAGUUCAUCUUGUUUAAAUGAAAAAGAACAACCGACUGGCCCAUUAUGUGAUAAAAUUUUUCAUCUGUUAAAAGAUGUUAUUGAAUGCAGUCCUAAUUUAGAAGAAUUAUCAUUUGGUUGUUGGAUUGAAGCACUUCACAGUAUCAAUGAUCUUAUGACAAUAUUGAAUCAAUCUCGCCAUCAGACAUUGAAAUCACUUCAUCUUGCCUCAAUUAAAAAUAGUGAAACACAUUUCACUCCCGAUAUUUAUAUAUCCAGUGAAGUUUUUAGUCCAUUUCGUGCAUUACAAACAUUAAGUAUCGAUUCAACAUAUUUAACUGAAAAUCUAUUACAUUGUUUUGGUCAAUCACAACGUACGCCGUUAAAUAAACUUAUUGUGCAUGUUAGUGAAUUUCGCAGUGAUAUUGUUCAAAUCAAUGAUUCUGUAUGGCAAACAGUAUCAACUAAUUUACCUAACUUACGCGUUACCGUCCAUAUGAUAAAUGCGUAUGAAACAUUUCGAAAAUAUGCUAGAAUUUUACGUCCCGAAAUGCCACUUUCACACUUACGAAUGUAUUUUUGUUCAUCUUUAAAUGUUGAUAUGUUAUGUUAUUUAUCAAUUCACUAUCGUAAUACAUUAGAAUGCUUAGAUGUGAUGGAUAGUAUUACUGAGCCCGCGUUACGUUAUCAUAAUCCAUUUCGAACUGAACCCGAUCCAUUGGUCUUAUUAGCAUGGCAAUGUAAACAAUUGACAGAACUUAGUAUUCUUGGCUAUGAAGUAUUAGAAGUGAAUUUAUUAGCAAUAGCUAAACUUCGUCCACAAUUACGUACAUUAAAUGUAUGUGUCGAUUGUGUAAUGACAUUACAAUUUGGACGUUUACAAAAUCGACAUUUUUUUGAAGAUGAUGAUGGAGAAGAUGCAUUUGUCGACUAUGGACAUAUCGAUAAUUAUAUUCAAACGAUAAUUUCUGAGUCUGUUGGUUGGCAAUGGAGACCAUUACAAAAGCAUGAGUUACCCAUUGGUGUCUAUGAAUUUUGUUCACCAUUAGAAUUAUCAUGUCUCGAACAAAUUCAUAAUAGUUUCUCGUCUUCAUGA